AUGUCUGAUUUCCGAACAAAAAAGAAGUCGUCAGUUGAAGAAGCCAGAGUGGAACACAUCGAAAGCUAUGGCGAAACAGAAGCAAAGACUAUAGUCGCAUCGCAUGAAUUAACUACUGAUACCAGUACGGACCGCAAAGCCGAAGCACAACUUCGUUGGAAGAUCGAUCUUUACGUUAUUCCUACAGUAGCUCUUCUCUAUGCUCUGUGCUUCAUCGAUAGAGUCAACAUUGGAAACGCACGGCUGGCAGGAUUCGAGAGAGAGCUUGGCCUGAAAGGCUAUGAUUACAAUCUUGUUCUCUCCGUAUUUUACAUUGCAUACAUAAUCUUUGAGAUACCGUCCAAUAUGGCUUGCAAAUGGAUAGGUCCAGGUUGGUUUCUUCCUGGAAUUUCAGUCGUCUUCGGUAUUUUGACUAUCUGCUUCGCCUUUGUACGAGACUUGAAAACAGCAUGUGGAAUCCGAUUUCUACUUGGUGUAUUUGAGUCAGGCCUGCUGCCUGGAAUUGCUUACUACCUUUCUCGUUGGUAUCCUCGUAACGAGCUCGCAUUCCGAUUGUCUCUCUACAUUGUCAUGGGGCCACUUUCGGGCGCUUUCAGUGGCCUGCUAGCGUCAGGAAUCCUGCGAUUAGAUCAUUUCGGAAGCACUCGUGGAUGGCAAAUGAUCUUCUCGAUCGAAGGCAUCAUUACUGUCGGCUGCUCCCUUAUUGCUUUCUUUACACUAACAGAUCGCCCGGAGACUGCUCGAUGGCUGUCCCAGGAUGAGAAGGACCUCGCUCUUGCACGCAUCAAACGCGAGCGGGUAGCAGCCACAGAGGUUUUGGACGGCUUUGAUCGCAUGAAAAUUAUUCGUGGCAUUGCCAAUCCUGUCACCUUGUCUACCGCCUGUAUUCUGUUACUCAUCAACAUCACAGUGCAGGGAAUCUCUUUCUUUACGCCCACUGUUGUUCGCACGAUAUAUCCGCUUAACACUGUCAUAUCCCAACAACUCUACUCAGUCCCUCCUUUUAUUGUUGGGGCCGUCUUUACACUAUUCUUUUGCGGCAUUGCUUGGCGAUUCGAUCGGAGAAACGUGGUAAUGCUAGUGGGUGCUGUGAUCACAGGAAUUGGCUAUGCCAUGUUCCUGGGUAGUUCUAGCACUGCAACAUCGCUUCGAUACGGUGCGACAUUCGUGGGUGCUGCUGGCUCAUUCGCAUUUGGUGCUCUUUGCAAUGCACAGGUAUCUGCGAAUGUGAACUCAGACACCGCCCGCUCUUCAGCCAUUGGUUUUAAUGUUAUGCUGGGAAAUAUUGGUGGACUUAUCGCUACUUGGAGCUACUUACCAUUCGACGGGCCGAAUUAUAGGAUUGGCAAUGGGCUAAAUUUGGCGGCUGCUGGAAUAAUUGUCGUCAUCGCCGUGCUGCUGGAGAUCUGGAUGAACCGCGACAAUCAGCGAAGGGAGCUAGUGGACGCGGAGCAGGUGUUAAGUGGUCACAAUUUACAAGAAGCUCAAGAUCUAGAAUGGAAGCAUCCGGAAUUUCGUUGGAGGCUAUAAACAGCUUAUCACGUCAUCAAACCACAAACGUGUAAUUGGAACUCGAU